AUGGCACGUCGUCUUCCUGACGAUGGUUCUUUAUAUGAGCGUCUUCGUGGACCUCGUCGUGCAGAAACGUUACCCGUCCGGUUUGAUGAGAACCCCACACAAAUACCGGAAAUUGGUGUUCGCCGGCGCGGUGGGGAACAGCGCCAUGCUGCUGAACCAAGUUCCUCACACAACAUCAUAGAUAAUGAAAACGAUUAUCACGAUUUCUACAAUGAUCAGCGGACAAUCAGACCACCCAGUCGCUUUGUUUCUCCGAGUCCACCACCACCUGACAUUACUGAAAGUCGUCCCAGAAGUCCGUCUACAGCGUCUGUCAAUCAUCGCAGAGAGCAGGCGACAUCUUAUUACAGCUCGGCGCCUUCUCCUGCAUUAUUUCACGAAGGAGCUAGUGACAGACUUUACUUGAAAAGAGUGGCUGCAAGAGAACAAACUUACUCUACCAGGUCUAGGGAAAGAAGUCGCUCCAGAUUCAGGUCCUCCACCCGGUAUCGAUACAGUGGGUCUCAAAGUUCGAGUCAUGAAAGAGUGCCCAACUUAAGUAGCUAUGAUGGAAGAUAUGGAGUCCCUGAAACUAAGGCUGCCGAGACCUAUAUCGAGUCAUUCGACCACGAGUCUGAAGCAUAUUCUUUUAGACUUUCCCGCCUUAGUAAACAUGCGCUGGAGUCAGAAAUGACAGAUGACUUAAACUCAGCAUCUUCUGAGAGGGGAGUACCAUCGCUCUCGCUUCGGAAACACACAUCGUUGACAAUGCAGCGUCCUAAAAUCGAUAAGAUAAUACAGUCCCAUUAUAUUGGCGAUGGAAUCAUGGGAGGAAUUCAUUCUGUUGAUUUUACGAUAGCCCUUGGGCAAGCUGGAUCUACUGUAAAGUUGCCUGCGCCUCUUUUCAGUUGGGUUCAAUUCGAAGAUUCAACAAUGGAUUUUGAUAGCUUCCACAGUGGCAUAUUGAAUCUUGAUGGACUAAAAGAAGGCGAAAGACUUGGUAUUUCUAGGCUACUAGACCUCGUGAAAAGAAGAUAUCAUAAAACAUUACAAGUUUCCAGCCGCACUAAAGUAGGGCAUAUAAUUCCAAGGCUUCUACAAGAAUCGCUCCGCGAUGAAACUCCACCCACGACAUUCAAACCAAGGAAACUUACAUGGCUUUGCCUACCGUACUUCUCUCUGCAAAAAUACACCUCUUCGAAUGUAAAGUCUUCAUCUCACCCCCCAAGGACACUCUUACAAACACGGCAAUCUAUGACACCGAAAGAGCGUGACUUGAAACAAGCCGUAUGUCAUCUACCAGAUACACCAGCAGGGUCUUGCUUCCAUAUCGGCCAGGCUUGGUUUCUCAUCCUAGACGACUCCUCGAUAAUAUCAUGUGCUGGAUCAUCCACAGCACAAAUGACCAAAGACUCCAUUUCAAUGGCCCCAUUCCGAAAUGACAACGCCGAUUCACCGAUGUAUACGCUUCUCGUGUCAGACUCGGGCUCUACAUUAUGGUCAUUGCCCAUUGGAGAAUGUACGACAUGGAUUGACUUUGUAAAACAUUUCUUCGAGAUUUGGCCACUUAAAUUUGAAUUUGCAUAUGAUGGUCACGUAAUCACACCAAAGGAUUGGCCAAGGAUAUUCAAACGAGCCAAAAGCUCAAAAGUUUGCCUUCAUUUUCGACUAAGCUCAAAGUCAAAAAGGACUCCAGCUGGAGUUCUGAUAGUACCGAGUGAUUCUAUUGGAGGAUUUGGGAAAGGAAACCAAAAUCCCGAAAAGGAUGGUGCCUCUCACCAACCGGACAUGGAAACACUACAAGAAAAUUUCGACACGAAAGCCUCGGAUUCUAAAUCUGUCGACGCUUCGAAAGCAGCAGAAAUGCCCUAUCCGGAUGAAUUCCACGUUUUCAGUUGGAUGAACACACAAAUCGACAAAUCAAUUAGUCCAAAUCUCACCAGAAGCUCGGCAGCCCGUAAUGUUGCGAUUGUCAAUGAAACUUUACUACAUGAUGAUCUGCAGGAAAUUAAUGACUUCCUUUUGCAGAAAACUAAUAUUAACGAAAGAUUUGCAUAUAAAGCUAGCCCAAGGCAUACACGAAAACAGUUUUACGAUAUUUUGUUUAAAGUUGAAAGCAAAAUUCAGACCGACCAAUCGCUUCAGGCAACAUACGAAUUACAGGUCGAACUUGCCAAUGCUGCGGAGGUUCUAUUUAGGUUCUUUCUAUCCCCACAGGAUCUCGGACAUACCACUGAAGAAUUUUGGGGUCCAUUAUAUGAGAUAAUUGUAGCAAUGCUUCCGUAUGGUCUGAUUCAAUCAGACGGGUCUCCAGAGAAUGAUGAUUUAAAUUCUGUGCCGCAAAGGUUUUCUGAUAGAGCUUGGAUCGUAGAUACGAGAGAUGUCAAACAAAUUAUUGACUGGAUGGCGCUCAUUGGAAAGCGCAUAGAAGUUUUCAAAGAACUUCUGUCUGAAGUUCCAAUUCUUAAGCGCUGCGAAAUCGGUAUCUCUGAGAAGUUGCCUCGAGCAUGGUUACAUAUACUCAUGGCUCUCGCUUUUACAAAGGAUAUGGCGUCUUCCUGGUAUACACACAUGAAUUUAUGUCUAGACCUCAUGAAUGAAGGUAUGAAGGAAACUCUUCAGACACUAUCGAAAUACCAGCUUUCGGAUUAUGUUGUUUUUGCACCUUUCGAUUUGGCUUCUCUCAUAACCUUUCAGCUUUCGCAAGAUUUGACGGGCUCUUGUCCAGAUAUCUGUACGACGUAUGUUGACUACAUGAUAUCCCUGGAAUCUGACAUCGAUGCCGAUCCAAUCAAUAGAGAGCAUCAAGGCAGAAUUACUGACUUGAAGCAAGAAGUUUCCGUCAUUCUAGAAACCCUAGAAACUCAAAGAGAAGUCAUACAAAACGCUUUGCAUGCUCAAUCAAGGUCAAAUUUUCAGAAUUCUAGAUUAAAUCGAGUUGUUCCCGAACAUAAAUAUGAGUAUAAACUACCAACAUUUGUUCAACCUCGUACUACAAAUUACCGGAAUCACGAGCGAUCAGUUUAUCAUGGCGAUAACUACGGAGACUUGGAAAUCAUGACUACAGGUCCAGCAAUUAAUCAGUCAGCUGGCGAUAACACCCGUGGAGUGCAAGGUCUCCUCUUUCGAGAAAGCCUCGCACUUAUUGAUGAGCGUAUCGAAGUAUUUCGAGAUAUCAACGGUCGCGCUAUGUACCUCGAGGAUUGGAAUCUUCGAAGUAUUGAUACAAAUAAAGAUAGACAAGAAACUGCCGUCUACGCAUUCACAAUUGUAACCAUUAUUUUCCUGCCACUAAGCACUGUCGCUUCCAUUCUUGGUAUGAACACCAACGAUGUGCGCAAUAUGGAAGUCACACAAUGGUUAUUCUGGAUAAUUGCUAUUCCUAUUACGAUAAUCAUCAUAGUUUUGGUGCUAAUAUGGUCUGACGAGUGGUACAAUUUCUGGGCUGGGUUUAAAAAUCUAUGGGGAAAGAAGACAAAACAGAGGCGCGUACGUUUACCAGAUGAAUAUUCUAGGCCAGAGACGAAAUCCGGGUUCGGUUUUGCGCCUACAGCAAGAGUAAGUGGGAUUUAUCCCGGGCAUUAUCCUCCACCACCUGGGCCUCUUCUGAGAUCAAGAAAGUUGCGUACGAUGUUUGAUGACGUACCUUUGCCGUAUUAA